ACCCCCGAGAACAGAUAUUAACCCAAACCCUAACCUUAUCUCUUUCCUCCACCACAUUCUGACUCAGAUCCGGCGACAUCUCAACAACACCCAUGGAGGACGAAGAGGAGAUCCGAUCUCGCGCCUCCUCUUCCCCCGAUCCCUCUCCUUCGCCGCCGCCGGGAGGAGUCACGGUCACGGUGGCUUCGACAGGUCCGCCUUCCUAUUCCCUAACUCCUCCGUCCUCCUCCUCGCAGCAGCAGAGAGAUCCGAACGCGCUGGCUCUCGCGCUGCUCCCGAGCGGCGGAGGAGGAGGAGGGGGAAGCAGCAGCAACGGGAGAGCGAGCGGCGGCGGCGGGAGGGAGGAUUGCUGGAGCGAGAAGGCCACGGCGGUUCUGAUCGACGCGUGGGGGGAGAGGUACAUGGAGCUGAGCAGGGGGAAUCUGAAGCAGAAGCACUGGAGAGAGGUGGCGGAGAUCGUGAGCGGGAUGGAGGAUUACGGCAAGACUGCUAAGACUGAUAUACAGUGCAAGAACAGGAUCGAUACGGUGAAGAAGAAGUAUAAGCAGGAGAAGGUGAGGAUCGCUAGCGGCGGUGGUCGUAGCAGGUGGGUGUUUUUCGAUAAGCUUGACCGUUUGAUUGGUUCCACGGCGAAGAUCCCGGCUAUUGGAAGUCCCGGAGGUGGGUUGAAUAAGAUUCCUAUGGGUAUUCCGAUGGAUAGCCGUUCGAAUGUGUAUCAUCAGCAGGUAAAGGCGCCGCCUUUUAAUAAUCUUGACCGGUUAAUCGGAGCUACGGCUAGGGUUACAGCUUCUUCCUUUGGCGGUGGAGGAGGAGGAGGGAAUGUCCCUAUGGGAAUUCCGAUGAGUAGCCGUUCAAGUCCGUUCGGACAGCAAGGGAGGACGCUGCCUCAACAACAGCAAGUGAGGACACUGCCUCAGCAACAGCAAGGGAUGAUGAUGGUGAAGAGAUGCAGCGAGUCAAAACGCUGGCGUUUCAGCAAGAGGAAUGCUACUGAUUCAGACUCGGAGGAGUCCGAUGCUGCACCGAUGUCUGAUGAUGAUUCCGGUGAUAGUUUACCACCUCCUCCUCUGUCCAAGAGGACGAAGCAAGGAGGAAACAAGUGGAGGGAGCUAAGCCGUGCGAUCAUGAGAUUCGGCGAAGCUUACGAGCAAACAGAGAAUGCGAAACUGCAACAGGUGGUUGAGAUGGAGAAAGAGAGGAUGAAGUUCUUGAAGGAGAUGGAGCUGCAGAGAAUGCAGUUCUUUGUGAAGACUCAAUUGGAGAUAUCAGAGAUUAAAGAGCAAGGGAGGAGAAUGGGUAACACUAGUAAUGAUCAUCACAAGAGCAAAAACAACAUGAAUGAGAUUGUCAGCAACGAUGUCGGUAACUAGAGAGAGUUAUAGUUUGAUUCAGGUUGUUAAAACCUGUCUUGAGCCUCUUGAGUUAGAUCAUGUGUUACUCUGAGCUGACAUUUAGAACGUGAUCUAAACAUUUUUGGUACAGUGCAAUUGCACUUUAAUGUUAUGCUUGGUUAUUAUGAGAUUGACGAUUUGCAUGUGUACCUAAAGACAUGCUAACUCUUUUUUUAAUGGGAUAGUUUGGGUUUACAGA